GCAACUUCAAAGCCGUGCGCAUGCUCAGUGGUGAUUUCACAAAUAUCUGGACGGAAAGAUGGCGGCUGCUAUGGAUGUUGAUACCCCAAGUGGCACAAACAGCGGAGGUAGCAAGAAACGAUUUGAAGUGAAGAAGUGGAAUGCCGUGGCGUUGUGGGCCUGGGACAUCGUGGUUGACAACUGUGCCAUUUGCCGGAAUCACAUUAUGGAUCUCUGUAUUGAGUGUCAAGCCAACCAGGCCUCUGCUACAUCUGAGGAGUGCACUGUUGCUUGGGGAGUUUGCAAUCAUGCUUUCCAUUUCCAUUGUAUCUCGCGUUGGCUGAAGACCCGACAAGUGUGUCCUCUGGAUAACAGGGAGUGGGAAUUUCAGAAGUAUGGACACUAAGCACGCAUGUCAAGGUCACCUUUAGACCAUGGUCCACGGCUGCUCUGCAUGGGAGCGGUUGCACAUCUGUCUAGGAAAGUCCAUUUUGUUUUGUUUUUUUCUUAUCUUACUGACUUUACUUGGGGGACAGUUGGUGUUGCUUCUAUAUAAGAUUUCAUGUGGUAUCUAUGUUGUAAUAAGUUGCUCAGAAGGUCUCACGUUUUGUUUUGAGGAUUGUAAUUUCCGGCAUGCUGUUUUCAUACUGGAAAUAAAUAAAUAAAUAAAGCAUAACCCUCAAGAUGGAUGAGGGUAGUGAUUGGUAAAAA